CGUUGGCGCGACGUUAGUUACCUUGUUGAUAGUUGGCGUCAAGAAGUUAAAAUCAGGAAAUGUGAAGUUUUGUUUGACAUCCUUGUGUUUUAAAUGAACAAGUGGUCCACCCAAAGCACAUUAACAUGUGGAUCCUGAAACCCCUGGACACCGGAGGGGAGCCUCACUACCUCCUACCCGGGAGGGAGUACGUGGUGGGCCGCAAGAGCUGCGACAUCCUGCUGCCCAACGACCAGUCCAUCAGCAGGGCCCACGGCCAGCUGAGCGCCACCGAGCAGGCCUUGACUCUGAAGGACAGCUCCAAGUACGGCACAUUUGUCAACGGCCAGCGUUUGUCAGAGAACGAAACAAAAAACUUGCAGGCAGGGGACAAUGUCACAUUUGGGGUUUUCCAAAGCAAAUUCAGAGUGGAUUGUGAGAAGAUAGUGGUGUGUUCGUCAUGUUUGGACAAUGAUGGCAAGGCAUCGCUCUCUCAAGCUCUGUUGCCUUUGGGCGGCAAGUUGGUCAACAACUGGACUCAGGACUGCACUCACCUGGUCAUGCCUUCUGUGAAAGUCACCAUAAAGACUAUUUGUGCCCUACUGUGCUGCCGUCCCAUUGUGAAACCGGAGUUCUUCACAGAGCUCAGUCGAGCCCUUCAGCAGAAAUUACCCCUUCCUAAAGCUGACAGUUUCAUCCCAGUGAUCGAUGAGCCCAGCUUAAAUAGGGAGGAAGUGGACCUUGGAGCAAUUCCAGCACGCAAACGUCUCUUUGCAGGGAAAACCUUCCUCUUCCUCAGUGCCAAGCAGCUAAAACGCCUGAGUGCAGCAGUGAGUUUUGGAGGUGGCAGGAGCCAGCUGCUGGAGGAGGGCUCGCAGCCCCAGGGCCUACUUCAGUCUCCACAAAGCUGCGUGGUUGACAUAGCAACGGGCAACACCCAAACACUGCUCCCCUCCUCCACCACAGAGUGGGCAAACUCUGUGAAGAAGAUAGUACAAGAAAAAGGCCUUCGACUCAUCACAGAGUCUGAAAUUGGAUUGGCUGCCAUCUAUGCGUCCUGUGACAAACAUUGCAAUCCAUCCAGUCUAGUAACAGAUACAGAGUCAGUACAAAAAAUGAAACCCAGAAUUCCAAGUGCUACACUUUCACAGAAUGCCACGGUGGACGAGACUGUUCUGCCGGCAGCAUCUCAAAACAUCACAGCUUAUGUAGUCAACACAGAGACAUCACAACGGAUGGAGACACAGAGUGAGGUAAUGGGUGUGACAACAGUAGGUGAGACUCCCGAGAAGAGCCAAAACCGGAACACCAGUCAACUCGGCCAGCCCAAAUCCUUAGUUCAGGAGAUGGAUACCACAAGCAGUGUCACUGAUACAGUGAGAUUAUCAGUCAGCGCUGUAGAGAAAACAGGCUCAGAGUGGAAGAAACCUGAGUCAAAAAUACAAGGUGGAAGGAAUACUUAUGCCUCUUCCAAGCCAUCCCGUCCUGAGGUUAAUGGUGGCAUGAGGACCUUCCCACAGAGGCAGUCCCCUCAGAAACCAAAAGUCCCUGCACAGGCUUCCCCACAGAAACAGUCCACUCUCACUAGUUUUUUUCAACCAGUUAACAAAAAAAGGCCUUUGGAGGAUGAGCUCUCUGCUGAUAUGUCAGAGCCGAAGCGGACUGUUCCAGCAUCAUUCACCGACCGAUAUUCAUCGACCAGCUCACCCACCUCCAAACAAAAGCCCUCACAUUCAGACACAUUUCCUGCAGCUACGGCCCAGACUCAGCUGGGGUCAGGAGCUGACCUGUUCGCGAGACAGUCUGAGACUCUGUCAAACAAGGAAUCCCACCUUGCCCAGCAGGGACCACAAGGUAGAAAGAGGAAGGAGAUGGAAGCAGAGAUCCGGAUGGAGGAGCUGGAGUCCAUAAUGUCUAUGGAUAUGGAUUAUUUAGAUGACCAGACCUCUGACGACCAGGGCUGGCAAACACAACCAGCAGAACGUGGCUCAGCCAAACAGAAACAGGCCUUAGAUGCUGUGGAAACUCCAUCUACAAGUAAGAGACAACGGGUUGACUUGGAAGAGAAUGGCAAAGCCAAACAAAAGCCAUACAGGGGCAUGGAAAAACCGUCAGUAUCCAAUAUAAACCAGAGCCUAGAAGUUGAAGAAGAUCUCUCUUCCAUCAAGAGACAGCAUCUGCACCCUUCAGAAAAGAGACCAACUAAUCAGAUGCCUGAACCUCCAGAGGCUGAGCUGCAAGCCGAUGGAAGUCCGUGGUCACAACAUGUUAAAGAUGAGGAGAUGUCUGCGCUUGUGGAUCCAGAACCACUCAAUGGAGAUCUGUGCCAAAACAAAAGAGAGCAGGAGACCCCUCUGAAGCCCACCACAGUCAAACAGGAAUACCCAGUGUCUGAAACCGACGAGGACCUUCCUAAAAAGCUGGUGUUGGUGGAGUUCAAGUCUCUCACUGUGACAGCAGCUCCCACAGCCAAACCACAGCAGAGGCAGGGCAACAGCUACUCAAAGAACUUCAAAUGCUUCCGCAAGGUCCCAGUGCCAGGUGCAGGAGCUUCACCCCACAUCAUUGGAGCUUCUGAUCUGCUGGUUCACAACAGAGGGAAGAACUCUGAACUGGAUGAAUGGCUGAGAGACGCAGCUGAGGAGGAGCGUCAAAUCAGGCAUGAGGAGAGUAUAGGAGAUGACCUUUUCAGGUACCAACCCACCAAACUGACCAAGAGAAGAUGAAACACCUGUUUGAGGUCCUGCAGAGGGAAAUCACUUUAAAGGCACAUGAAGUAUGUCAGACUCCA